AUGAUUCCUGAAUCUAUAUCUUCAUGUUUUCCUCAGAUUUGUAAAAUUUUGGGCUAUGACUUUUUCUACAUCGUAUCUGAUCCUAUUAAUCUCUCUUAUAAUCUGGAGCUCCAGUGGCAUAUAUCCAAGAUCUUUUUCUCUUUCAAAUUUAGACUUCCUUCAAUUUUAAAGCCAAACAUCACAAUUGUGACUGAGUUCUUCUUUGAAGGUUUCUCCAACUUUGGAUGGCAACACAGGCUUAUAUUCUUUAUUGUCUUUCUAACGUUGUACCUACUAACUCUCUCUGGCAAUGUCAUCAUUAUAACCAUCAUACGCCUGAAUCGUCACCUUCAUACUCCUAUGUACUUCUUCCUGAGCAUUUUGUCCAUAUCUGAGACCUGCUACACUGUGGCCAUUAUCCCUCGAAUGCUGUCUGGUCUCUUGAAUCCUCAUCAAAGUAUUGCCUUCCAAGAAUGUGCCACCCAGCUCUUCUUCUACCUCACCUUUGGCAUCAACAACUGUUACCUGCUCACAGUCAUGGGGUAUGACCGCUAUGUGGCCAUCUGCAACCCCCUACGAUAUUCUGUCAUCAUGGGUAAGAGAUCUUGCGUCUAUCUGGCAUCUGGGUCACUGGGAAUUGGCCUGAGUAUGGCCAUUAUCCAGGUAACAUCUGUAUUUGGCCUGCCUUUCUGUGACGCUUUUGUUAUCUCACACUUCUACUGUGAUGUGCGACCCCUGCUGAAACUGGCUUGUGCAGACACCACUGCCAAUGAGAUUGUUAACUUUGUGGUCAGUGUCUGUGUUCUUGUUGUACCCAUGGGCCUGAUCUUCAUUUCCUAUGUCCUCAUCAUCUCUACCAUCCUUAAGAUUGCUUCAGCUGAAGGUAGAAAAAAGGCUUUUGCCACCUGUGCCUCUCACCUCACAGUGGUCAUUAUUCAUUAUGGUUGUACCUCCAUUAUCUACCUCCAGCCCAAGUCCCAGAGUUCCCCGGAGCGGGACAGACUCAUUUCAGUGACAUACACUGUCAUCACUCCCCUGCUGAACCCUGUGGUCUACAGCCUGAGGAACAAGGAGGUCAAAGAUGCUCUGCUCCGAGCCAUGGGAAGAAAGCCCCUCACACCUUAG